AUGAGGACCCUGGACCAGCCUCCUGUUUCCAGCCUAGAUGUUCAACCUUCCCGCUUCAUCUCUUUCAGACCCAGAUUCUCCUUGACGCCAAGACCCAACUUCACUGCUGUGACAGAGUUCACCUUUGAAGGCUUUUCCAUUUUUGGGUGGCAGCACAGACUCAUCCUCUUUGUGGUCUUUUUGGUCUUGUACCUGUUGACCCUCAUGAGCAAUGCCAUCAUCUUGAUGGUUAUCCGCCUCAACCGUCAGCUUCACACACCCAUGUACUUCUUCCUGAGUGUCCUGUCCGUUUCUGAGACCUGUUACACCGUGGCCAUCAUCCCCCAGAUAUUGUCCAGUCUCCUGAGCCCCCAAUAAGCCAUCUCCGUUCCAGACUGUACCACUCAGCUCUUCUUCUACCUCACCUUCGGCAUCAACAACUGCUUCCUGCUCACGGCCAUGGGGUACGACCGCUAUGUGGCCAUCUGCAACCCCCUACGGUACUCGGUCAUCAUGGGCAAAAAGACCUGUAUACAGUUGGCAGGUGGAUCCUGGAGCAUUGGCCUGAGCACAGCCAUCAUUGAGGUGUCUUCUGUGUUCAGCCUGGCCUUCUAUGAAGCCAACAUCAUCUCCCACUUCUUCUGUGACAUCCAGCCCCUAAUGAAGUUGGCCUGUGCUGACACCACCAUCAAAGAAUUUAUUACUUUGCUCAUCAGUCUGUACGUCCUUGUUCUGCCCAUGGUGCUGAUUUUCAUCUAUGUCCCGACGGUCUCCACCAUCCUCAAGAUAGCAUCUGCUGAGGGCCGGAAAAAGGCUUUUGCUACCUGCGCCUCCCACCUCAUUGUGGUCAUCGUCCACUAUGGCUGUACCUCCUUCAUCUGCCUCAAACCCAAAUCCCAAAAUUCCCUGCAGGACAGACUCAUCUCCGUGACCUACAUGGUUGUCACCCCCCUACUGAGCCCUGUUGUAUACAGCCUGAGGAACAAAGAGGUCAAGGAUGUCUUGCUCAGAGCUUUAGGCAAAAAGCCCCUCUCUUAG